AUGUCGAAUCAAUUUUACAAACGCGAUACCAAUGGCGAUGAUAAUCACAUGGAUGAACUUCCGCCAAUCAAAUAUUCACCAUUCGCUAUUAAAAACGUUUUCUUUAUUGGAAUAUGCUUCAUUUUGCUGCUUAUAUUGAUUACAGUUGUGGCUAAUAUGCGAACUCUUUCAAUCGAAUUUAUGAUCUUAAUAAUACUGAAUAUGAUAGCAAUCCUGAUUAUUAUUGUCAUAUAUUUUGUGCAAAUUUGGAUCAGAUUGAAGCAGAACACUGUGGGCUCACUACCGAAAAAAAUGAAUACUUUGACACGUAUAACUCUUAUGACAAGUAUUGGCUUGAGCAUGUUAACAGUUUUAUUAUUUGCAUUCGUUAUGUCGCCGAUAGAUUUCGGAUAUGGUAGAUUUGGAACAUUCGUUCUGAUUCUCAUUUCCAUGUCAACUAUUGUCUGGAUAAUAACUCUUAUAGUUUACGUAUGUGAAAUCGCCAUUAAAUUUCUAUGGAUAAAAUGUUUUUCUGUUCGUCAACAACUAUCUCAAGGUAGUAGUUCAUUUUUUAUUGGAAGCUUCAUGGUAUGUCCAUUCUUGUUGUCAAUAAUGGCCAUCACAACACGUUCAGCCCUCGCCGGUUUUGGACUCGGAAUUGCAUUUUCAUCAAGCCAUACAUUGCUCAUUGGUGGUACUGUGGCAGCGAUUCUGUGUCGUAGAAAAGCAUUCAAAGUCAUAUGCUGUAUACUAGCAACUACUGGAUGUGUAGGAGUCGGACUUGUGCUAUGGUACUACUUGAAAGAUGGCUUUGAUACAGAAAUAACUGUUACUAUACCAUCAGAAAGAUUUCCACAUAAUCUUACAAAUGAUCCAUCGUUAAGCGGGAAUCAUUCGUAUUCAUCGAUGACAUACGGCAGCGGGGUCGAUAGAAGAAUGGAUUAUGGAAUCAAAGCGUCAAUUAUAACACCAACGGUCGAUUUAUCUUCAAUUAUCACUAUAUCAGCAUUCAAUAAGCGUGUAUUUAAGUAUGAUGAGUCUGCUCUUCCUCUUAACGGCAGAAUAUGGCAUCCAGCGAAUGCUAAUGAUGAUAUUUAUCCGCGUCCUAUAGUCAUAUUAGUUCAUGGAAAUCACCUGUCGACAGAAUCAAGCGAAAUCGGAUAUGAGUAUUUGGGCACAAUGCUUGCUAGUCAAGGGUUUAUUGCUGUAUCUGUUGAUAUGAACUUCUUAAAUGCAGCACCGACAUUCAGUCAAAUCGGAUAUGGUAAACUAUUACAAAUGAUCACGUAUGAUCUUGAUUAUCAGAGGGGACCAGAACUUGUUGCUAGGGCAAUCAUGAUAUUAGAGACACUCAAACAAUUAAGAUUAUGGAAUGAACAAUUAACAAAUCGAUUUUAUAAGAAAUUCGAUUUGGAAAAUAUUGGUUUCAUGGGUCAUUCACGUGGUGGUGAAGCAAUAGUUAUCGCAUAUCUGCUUAAUAAAUUAAAGUUCCUACCCGAUUAUCCAACGAAUAUUUCAUUCAAUAAUUAUAAUUUUGGAAUCAAAGCACUAUUUUCAAUUAGUGGUACGAAUGAUGAUUACAUGCCAUUAGGACGUAGUCUUCAAUUACGCGAUGUAACAAUGUUUGCUAUUCACGGUAUAUAUGAUGGAGAUUUAACGUCGUUCCUAUUCCAAGCAAAACUGGCCAAUUUGCGAUUUACACCAAAUACUAGAGACUACAAGUUUAAAGCUUCUCUAUACGUACAUCAAGCUAAUCAUGGACAGUUUAAUACUGCUUGGGGAAGAUAUGAUCUUAUUUCUGGCGUCAGUCAGUUUAUGAACCUUCGUCCAAUCAUGCAAAUUAAAGAUCAACAGCAUAUAUGUAAACUAUAUAUGGCCGCUUUCAUGAAUCUUGUCCUCAAAAACCAAACGCAAUAUCGUAUUUUGUUUGAAGAUUAUCGUUCUGCCUUGGCUUAUCUGCCUUAUACCAAUUAUAUAUCCACAUUUCAAGAUUCGAAUGAAAUAGUCAUUGCUGAUUUCGAAAGCUAUGAUAUUACCAUAGGCAACAUUGUUGGUUCGAAAAUCAAAGCGCGGAAUUUAUUAUUGUGGAAUUCUGUGUAUGAAAAAGUAUAUCGCUCAGCAAUGUUACUAUUACAACCGAUAGAAAACGCCAUUGGUAGAUACUGCAUUCAUCUAGAAAAUCCUAUCGUCGGAACGGCGAUAAGAUUUAUGGUCGGUCGUCUACCUACCGGGUUAGUGGAUUAUUUAACAGUGCUACUGUUGUAUGAAAAUGGAGAAUACGAUUCAUUUGUUGUACAUGUACUUCCUGCCCUUGGCAAAAAAGUAUUCAAAAUGGUGGCAUUAGAAUAUGUAACUGCUGUGCAAACAAUUUCACUCCCAUUGGCUCGUCCAAGUAUCGGCUUAGAGUUCAUCAUCAAUGGUACGAAUGCACAGUUUUUAAUAGAUAACAUUGUUCUAGCAACUUAG